AUGAGCCCCGUCUUCUGGCCGGAAUUAUGGAUUCGAAACACGGUGAUUUCUUUAGACAGGUUGCAUUUGUUUUUACGCAACAAAGAAAGCCCUAGCGCUUCAGUUGAGCAAACGCUCCGCGCCAAUGCGCCUGCACCGCCCCCGUUGGCGGCGAGCGAUAGAGACAGAGAUAUGUUAUCUCAUGCAACAGAACAGAAUAGAUAUGCUGCACAACGCGAGGGUACCCGAGCAUUUAUGCUAAACAGAGCUAGCCAAGCGAUGUUCCUACGAGCAGGAGUGAGACGACACGGCUGCAUGGGCCGCGAGGGUUCUCGAUCGUUGACUCCUUUCAAGUACAUCUACAACAGUCGAAGUAUUUGCGCUCCACGUGACAGACCACCUACCCAGCCACGGAUAGCCUGGGACCUAUACCUACAUAAAAUCACAUCAAGCAGGAGGGAAGUGUUAGUUGGAGUCGACGUGCGCUGUUUUCUGAUUAAAAGGAAGCUACAGUCGGUUCCGAAACCGAACUGGAACAUAAUGCGACCGGUGCUGCAGGAAAUACCUUCAAACGUAUCUGGGCCUGGUAACUCCACCACCGUUGGCGUAUUCACCGCCAACGGGGGAAGAGUUCCUGCUCCUAGAUGCGAUGACCUACUGGGAAGACUCACAAGAAGAUUGCGGCCUUAUUCUGAUAUUACAUUUAGACGUAUAAGAAAAUUAAUGCAAUUAAGGUGA